GGCGUGGCUUUCAGUCCCUACGCGAACAUGCGCCAGGAGUGCUAUGGACCCAACUCACCGUUUAAAUACAUAGUGCUCACGCAGGCCUUGUCGACGCCUUCCCAUUGCACUAGGGCAGCUCUACCUAGAAUACGGCGUCGUAAUUACCCGCGAAAUCUGAACACUGUCUCUGGGUUCCUACUGCGUUGUGUCAUCUUCAACCGAUAUAUGCAAAGGGCUCACAAACUAAUAUGUCCUGGUAUAACAGGGAACGCUUUGCGGGUUACAGAGACAUUCUCAUAUCAGGAUACUCGAUCGAGCUCAACCAGAACAAUCGAAUAAUCUGACGUAUUCCCAAAAAAUGGCAUCAUCGGACAGCGAUAGGGAUGGGCAAGACCCCGCCGCAUCGCAGACCGGAUCAGGAUCGUCACCUCCAAUGGAAGGCAACCAGGGCGACAAGGGGCCGGAACCGUCUGCAAAGUACAUAAGCCCUGAUCAAGCAUGGGCCAAGUGCGCCCAAGACGCGUGGAGCGACGAAACAGGUCGAGUAAAGAAAUGGGACGACGAAAUAGACAAUCUACUCGUUUUCGCUGGUCUUUUCUCAGCGAUCCUGACCGCUUUCGUCGUUCAGUACUACCCGACACUACAAACGAAUACUAACACGCAGCCUCAGAUCGUUGUUAUCACGGCCUCUCACCAGACAAACGUCACUUCGACGUAUUCUACCCCCGACUCUGACACAGCUCCGGAUGCAUUUACGGUUGCAAUCAACGCGCUCUGGUUUCUGGCCCUCGUUUUCAGUAUCGCAUCCGCGUCGCUGGCGAUCAGUGUCAAGCAAUGGUUGGCUCAUUACGUUCCCUCCGACUCGGACAUUGGCGACACUCGCCUCCGUCUACACAUCUGGCAUCUACGUUCCCGCGGAUUGGCCCGUUGGCAUGUGCCUGAAAUCGUCGGGAUCCUUCCACUACUGCUCCAGAUCGCGGCGACCUUUUUCCUCACCGGAGUCGUGCUCUUCCUGUGGAAGUUGAACAAAGCAAUCGCAUAUCUGAUAAUCAUCCCCGUCUCAAUAUUACUACUCUUCACCGCGGGGAGCACCCUUGUUCCACUCGUGGAACUCGACUGUCCUUACAAGUCGCCAGUGUCGUGGUGGCUAUGCACUAUCGUCUCACACAUAUUCGAUCAUUCGAACGCACAGCCUGACGCGGAUACCGAUGGCACACGUUCUGCUCCAGGGGAUGAUGCGCUUCCUGGAGCAUACGAAACCGAUUCCCUUCCACGUCCUCGUCGAUCAUCACAUGGGACCGGGAUACCCUCGCGAAUUCUACCUUCGCUGUACAAAUGUGCCGACACGUGCCGGAAAGCACUCCGCCCCUUGCGACGACUUCCCGACGCAUGGAUGGCGGCCAUCCAAGCACGGUCUUGUCGAGCGCAGAGCUGGGCAGACAGAGAACAACAAAUCUGGCGUGCGAACACCACCGGGGAUCUCGUGCUCAAGGAGGGCAUCAUGACCGCGCACGGGGAGCAGGCGAUCUUCGACAACUUCUUGCAGAAUAGACCAAACAUGGUUCGAGUUCGCACAGGCCCCAGGAUCAACGGCUCGGCCUCACCAUCCUUGGCGGUCUUCGAGUUCCUCGCGGACUCGGCCAGCGAGGACUCGUUGCAUGCUAUAGCCGGGGUCGCCGCCAGUGUGCUCAAGACGACACUGACAGCUCGCGAGCAUUCAUAUCCGGAGCACGACACGGCGUCGAUACCUUCGGAUCCGAAUCAGCGCGAUGCAAACGCCAAACUGGAUGCGAAGAUAUCGGAGAUGAUGUCUAUCAUCUACUGGUGUACUCGCACAAUAUCGACAUCGACCGAUGCAGCUACGCAGGCGACGAUGAUUCCAUUUCGUGAGUGGCUAGAUGUACUACCUGUCAGGACCUUUGAGCACGACAAGAUGGUAUGGGACGUCUUGUUCGCCGAACUGUCCAGAUAUCUAGAAGCCCAAGUCGACCCGCAUACCGAGGCAUACAGGGAUUCCAUGGUGUCCGCGAUCAUAGAAACCCUGUUGGGCGUGUUCGUCAAUUUCUUCAACGGUUGCUGGACUCCAUGGGUUCUAGAUUUGGAAGAUCGCUUUCUUGGAUUAUGUGACAAGGCACUCUGCCCUCACCAAACACACAUAAUGGCGCGGAUUAUCAAGGAACGUCCGGAAGUAGGUUUCGGGUUGGAAGUCGCCAGUCGGCUGUCAGCUCAAGGCAUGCUUGUUCCAAUGGAGAGUAAGCCCAACCUAUCGACUUUCACGUUACGGAUCUCAGAUCAUUCAUAGCUGUUACUCUUGUCGUUCGCGUCUCACUCGAGCUCUUACACCAGUUGCGGGGGGGAAAGACGGUGUUGGACACAUGGCAUCAGCUGCUACCUCAAUGCGCAGUCAACUGGAUCGGUGGAUGUAUAC